AUGCCAGCCCCCUGGCGAAUAUGCUGCAAUAAAAAAUCCAAAACUAAGAAUGGAAAAGCUGAAAUGGACAAUAUGGCAGACACAAGUGAAAAAAUGCAGAUGAAAAAAGAAAUCACGUUACUAAAUGGAGUUUCCUUAAUUGUAGGGAACAUGAUUGGCUCUGGGAUAUUCGUAUCACCCAGAGGUGUUUUAAUGUACAGUGCUUCCUAUGGACUCUCUCUAGUCAUCUGGGCGCUUGGUGGGAUGUUUUCGCUGUUCGGAGCUUUGUGUUACGCUGAAUUGGGAACAUCCAUCGUUAAAUCUGGGGCCAGUUAUGCCUAUAUCCUGGAAGCAUUUGGUGCCUUUGUGGCCUUCAUCAGACUGUGGUCUUCCUUGCUAAUUAUCGAACCAACAACACAGGCAGUGAUAGCAAUUACGUUUGCUAACUAUAUUGUUCAACCAAUUUUUCCUCAUUGUGAGCCGCCGUAUGAUGCAGUCAGGUUGAUUGCAGCUGCUUGUAUUUGUUCCUUAACAUUUAUUAAUUGUGUUAAUGUGAAGUGGGGAACCCGUGUACAAGAUGUUUUCACAUAUGCGAAAGUUAUGGCUCUUAUCUUGGUGAUAUCUGUGGGCCUUUAUAAAAUUGGUAAAGGAGAAACAGAAAACCUGAGAUCUCCGUUCGAGGGCUCAGCGACAAACCCAGGGAUGAUCGCGCUGGCUCUCUACUCUGCCCUCUUCUCCUACUCGGGAUGGGACACGCUCAACUAUGUCACCGAGGAAAUGCAGAACCCCGAGAGGAAUCUACCUCUUUCUAUUGCAAUUUCAAUGCCUAUUGUGACUAGUAUUUACUUGCUGACUAAUAUAGCGUACUAUGUAGUGUUGGACAUGUCAGCUCUCCUCACAAGUGAUGCAGUUGCUGUGACGUUUGGCGGUGAAACCCUUAGUUAUGCUAAGUGGAUAAUUCCUAUAGCAGUGGCCAUGUCUUGCUAUAGUGGCUUAAACUCAUCAAUAAUUGCAGCGUCUAGGCUUUUUUAUGUUGGAGCCAGGGAAGGACACCUCCCUGACAGUCUGAGCUUGAUUCAUAUAAAGUGCUACACACCAGUCCCUGCUCUCCUCUUCAAUGGCUUAAUGACUUUGCUUUAUCUCCUUGUGGAAGAUGUUUUCCUUCUCAUUAAUUACUACUGCUUCAACUACUGGCUCUUUGUGGGUCUGUCUAUUGCAGGACUGAUAUAUUUGAGAUAUACUCAGCCACAUAGACCGCGACCUAUUAAACUUAACCUCUUCUUCCCUAUAGUAUACUGUUUAUGUUCCCUUUUCCUGGUCAUAGUUCCUCUCUACAGCGACACAAUCAAUUCCCUUAUUGGUGUUGGUAUUGCCCUCUCAGGCAUACAUGCAUAUUAUUUGGGAGUCUAUCUGCCAAUUGAAAAACGACCUAAAUGUCUACAGUGGCUCUCUGCUACAACAACAAAAUAUGUUCAGAUGCUCUUCUACUGUGCUCUGUCGGACCUGGACAUAGACAUGGAACCUACAGCAGCUAAGAAUAAAUAG